AUGAAGCGUCUUUUCUUUGAUGAUGGGGAGGUUAUCCUAGAACGACAAUUCACACCCUUGCACUGCGCAAUUUUAGGCAUUGCUGAUCAAGACGUUGAACAAAUCCUAACAACAACACGCCAUAUUAUCGACUCAUUGGAUCGCAAUGGAAGAACGCCAUUGUAUUGGGCCGUUCGAAGAGCAGAUUUUCCAAGUCUGAAGUUGCUGCUCGAAUAUGGAGCCAAUCCUAACACAGGUGUCAGCUCAAUUGGAUGGUCCUGCAGCAAUCUUUAUUCGACACCCGAGUGUUUGAGAUACCUUCUAGAUCAUGGAACGGAUCCUAGUGACCGAGAUUUGGAUGGUCAUACUGCUCUCCAAGCUUGCGGAACUUAUGGCAAAAGCGUUGAAUUUAUCAGACCUCUCAUGAAGUCCGGGGCUCAGAUUGACGCCAUUUAUGAAGGUGAAAUCGCCCUAUUUGAUGGCAUGACUGCUCUGGGCUUUGCCUGCUAUUAUGCUCACCCUGAAACCGUUAAAAUACUUCUAGAUCAUGGAGCAGAUGUAUUGCACCAAGACGCCCGCGGUCAGACUCCCUUACACAUAGCUCUCAACAGGACAAUUGACAGCACAGCCGAUGCGCGUAUUCCACAAACGCUGAAUAUACUCCUUGAAUAUGGUGGCAAUCAAGAGGGCCUUGAUCACAACGGAUUGAGCCCUGCCAAUAUAGCCAUGCAAAAUCAAGAUGUCCAAAGCCUCGCGAUACUCAUGAACAAUGGUAGUCACAUUGUGUUUCCAGAAGAUCGCGAGCUUCCGAACAACGGGUACUGCAUAUUUCGUCUGCCCCUGGAGAAUGGCUGGGACAGCGUGACAAUUUUCCUUCUACAGCGCCAGGACGUCUCCAUAUAUGAUCGAGACCCUCGUACAAACCAGUCAGUGCUACAUCUCUUAGCGCAAUACGCCAGCCAGCGGAUUUUAGUAAUGUUCGAGGAGAAGACAGAUCUCGGCAAUUUUGACGCUGACGCAACUGACGACGCAGGUCUUACGCCUUCUACUUAUUUUGCUAAUCGAGCGUCGAAUACUGAAAAUCUGAGCCACUCAUUUUAUGGCUUACUUCGCCGGAUACGUGAGGUGGCGAAAGCGAAAGCCAUGGCCAAAAUAGAAUGUAGAAGCGUCACGUUGUUUAACGCCAGGAAGAGAAUUGCCGACUCGCACAUUAAUGAAGUCAAGAUUCCAGCAGUAGAUGCAGACAUUCGUGCAGCGAUUCAUUGGGAAGAAACGGACGAUGAUGAUGGUAGCACUAAGUCUUUUUGGUCGAAUUCUUCAGAAGCACAACAAACCGACUUGACUGAUUCUAUCGAGUCGUUGGGUGUAGACGAAGAUUCUGAGCAACAGCUGACUAUUGCUGCUUGGCGAAGGCAACGAAGUGAAUCAUUUUCUAAAAGGGGACAUAUGAGAGAAGAUUCCUUGUAUGAUUCUGGGUAUGAGUCUGCUGCGUCAGACGACGACUUCGCCAUGGACAAGAGAGCCUCGAACAAAAGAUCAUUCACUCGUUCGGCCACCAAAGAAAGCCUGAACUCAGUGUAUUAUCAUAUUCAGCGGUCUCAAUUUGAUUACUCGGCUUUCUUUUAUGACUCCGAGUUUCCCAUGUAUCUCGCUGGCGACAAACAAGGGCCGCAAAACAAUCAGAUUUUCGCACCGGUUUCGGAUUCGAAACUUUUAGGUCCUUCAACCACCAAGCAAGACUUUGAGCGUGCUUUCUGGAUUGUACUCAUCAUUGGGAUCAUUGGAAUAAUACAGCCAUUGGAAUGCGGCAAAGAAUUAUUUGGAGACUUUAUGAUAGAUAAGCCAGUCGCGCUUGCUGAGCUGACUGCGGCCUUAACAGGAAACUCGUCAAACGGAAACUUGACUAUUGAGGCUCCUGCGACUCCCAAUCAAGCUCAUAUCGCAUCUUUUCAGUCUUCGCAAGAGACUGAAAGCUCGAAUUCGUCUUCAGCUGAUCCUAGAAGCAGCCUUAUGGCCAGAAGCUCGUCCACUUCUCUGGCCAGGGCACUAGUGCCCAAGUAUUUUGAAUUAUGUGUCAACACCGGCGAAUUUGCAAAAACCCUCGGCGAAAUCGAUAUUACCAGGACGACAGACGACCUGUCCUUUUUCAAACUUAUCUACAACCGAUAUCGCGAGGUGCGAGGCUACCGAUUCAAGCAGCAUUAUCUAUUGAAGCCAGUCGCGAUGCAAUUUGUUCACUUCAGCCUCGAAAAUCGCCACCGUGUAGGCAUUUGCCAAAAGGACAGCAUCCCCUCAAAAGAACAUGUUGAGCGCAAAGAAUAUCACUACGAUCCUUGCCCUCCAAAGUACAGUCCACUUAUGGAUAGUGAUACUUUCAUACAUUUGAUGACCUGCCCUCGCGAAUGCUCGAAGGCUGUCUGGCUUCAUCGGCUACCAAAGAAACUGUUCUCUUCCAUUACGAGGUCGAGUGAUGACUUGCCUACGGCCUGGGGAGUGCACAUCAUCGAAGGGCCGGACAAUGUCAAAAUCAUUUUUACGAUAAUUUGCGUGUUGAGUGUAUGCAUGGCACUCGUGAUCGCAUACGGUGUCAAGACGAAGGACGUCUCUGGCGCUUCGGGUAUCGGCGGCGUCUUGGUGACGACGAUCACCUUGUUAUGGAUGGCUAUGAAGAUUCAACAGUGGAAGGCCGAAUAG